GGAGACGUGUAGGGGCCGGGUUCGGCCCUUGUUGAACUUUCCCCCCGGCGUAGGGGUUCCCUUUUCCGGGAUAAGAUGGCGCCCUCCACGCCGCUGUUGACAGUACGAGGAUCAGAAGGACUGUACAUGGUAAAUGGCCCACCACAUUUUACAGAAAGCACUGUAUUUCCAAGGGAAUCUGGGAAAAACUGCAAAAUUUAUACCUUUAGUAAGGAUGGGACCUUGUUUGCCUGGGGCAAUGGAGAAAAAGUAAAUAUUAUCAAUGUCACUAACAAGAGACUACUGCACUCCUUCGACCUCCCAAAGACAGUUUGCCUGGAAUUCUCACCCAAAAACACUAUCCUGGCAACGUGGCAGCCUUACACUACUUCUAAAGAUGGCACGGCUGGGGCACCCAACCUACAGCUUUAUGAUGGGAAAACUGGGACAUGUUUGAAAUCUUUUGUACAGAAAAAAGCACAAAAUUGGUGUCCAUCUUGGUCAGAAGAUGAAAUCAUUUGUGCCCGAAAUGUUAACAAUGAAGUUCACUUCUUUGAAAACAAUGAUUUUAACACAAUUGCAAAUAAAUUGCAUUUGCAAAAAAUUAAUGAUUUUGUCUUAUCACCUGGAUCCCAACCAUACAAGGUGGCUGUAUAUGUCCCAGGAAGCAAAGGUGCACCUUCAUUCGUUAGAUUAUACCAGUACCCCAACUUUGCUGGGCCACAUGCAGCUUUAGCCAAUAAGAGUUUCUUUAAAGCUGAUAAGGUUACAAUGCUGUGGAAUAAAAAGGCUACUGCUGUGUUGGUAAUAGCUAGUACAGAAGUUGACAAGACAGGAGCUUCCUACUAUGGAGAACAAACACUUCACUACAUUGCAACAAAUGGAGAAAGUGCCGUGGUGCAAUUACGGUGUCCAGAUGGUGAGCAUAUCUUAACAGCCACUUGUGCUCCCAGGUUACGUGUUAAUAAUGGGUACAAAAUUUGGCAUUAUACCGGCUCUGUCUUGCACAAGUAUGAUGUCCCGUCAAAUGGAGAAUUGUGGCAGGUUUCCUGGCAGCCAUUCUUGGAUGGAGUGUUUCCAGCAAAAACAAUAACGUACCAAGCAGUUCCAAGUGACAUACCCAGUGAAGAGCCUAAAGUUGCAACAGCUUACAGACCCCCAGCUUUACGAAAUAAACCAGUUACCAAUUCCAAAUUGCAUGAGGAAGAACCACCCCAGAAUAUGAAACCACAACCAGGUCAUGAUAAACCAUUAUCGAAAACAGCCCUUAAAAAUCAAAAGAAACAUGAAGCCAAGAAAGCUGCAAAGCAGGAAGCAAGAAGUGACAAGACUUCAGAUGUGGCACCAGCUCCUGCUCCACAGAGUGUACCACAGAACACUGUCUCACAGUCAGCUUCCGGUGACCCUGAAGUAGACAAAAAAAUCAAAAAUUUGAAGAAGAAACUGAAAGCAAUAGAACAACUAAAAGAACAAGCAGCAGCUGGAAAACAACUAGAAAAAAACCAGUUGGAGAAAAUUCAAAAAGAGACAGCCAUUCUUCAAGAGUUGGAAGAUUUGGAAUUGGGUAUUUAAAAAUUCACUGAAGGCAAAUCAACGCAAGCAUUUCUGUUAAGCCUAUUGGUGUACCUGAAACAACUGUGAGCCUACAUUAAAUGUUGGCCUGAAGUUUUAACCAUUUAUCCAAGAUUCUGCAUAUGUAUGAAAUUAUUUAACAGUUGUUUGUUGACAUUAUAUCCUGUAUUAUGUCAGUACAUAGUAAAGAAAUGCCUGAAUUUUCAGUUAAGCUAGACAGAUUAAGAGAUACUAAUUUUUAACUGGAAACAGUAUUUGCUAUGUAAAUGAUUAAAAACAUUUUAAAUUUG